AUGGAGUCUGUUCGUCGAAUUAACCGAUGGACUCAGGAAGAGGACUCAAUCCUCAUCCAGAAACUCUACGAGCAACAGACCUAUGACCUUGCUGGCGCAGCUACUGAUUGGCAAAAGAUUGCCGCCGGCCUCCCUGGCCGGUCGAACAAAGACUGCCGGAAACGAUGGUUCAAUGUCCUCAGCGGGGGCCUACGAAAAGGUGCUUGGUCACCUGAAGAAGAUUCGUACCUGAGGGAUGCCGUGCGGAUCGAGGGAAAGUCCAUGUCCCCCAACGCACUGCAGACCGUAUGUUUUAUCAUGAUAACAUUCAUAAGAAACAAUUCAGAAUCUAAUUGGGUGUUAGAAUGUGCAAAACGGUGGCAGCAUUUCCUGGAUCCUACCCUCGAUCGCUCUGAGUGGACAUCAGAAGAGAAUGAACGUCUACUCCGCGCAGUGCAGCAACACGGCCGUCGUUGGCUGGAUAUCCGUAACCAAUACCUCCCUCUGCGAUCUCCAAAUGCCCUGAAGAACCAAUAUUCAAUUCUUAUGCGCCGCCAUGAAAGGAAUCUUGCAGCUGUGGGAAAGAAGACCCAGAACGUAAUGGACAUCCCUUCGAGCUAUCAUUCAACCUCAAUGAGCACACCAAAAAACCCCAGUAGCCGCACUGGGUCAAAAAAAUCUCGCAAAUCUCACUGCGGGUCUGAGACCUAUAUUAAAGCAGAACCAGAUGACGAUUUUAUGGACUCGUUUUAUGGAGAACCUGAGUUCAAGCCCACCACGGACUAUGGCUUUGUUGGAAAAGGGGUCACGACGCCUGACCCAAUUGCCAGUCCAUACGCUGGAUUCCUCAAACAAGAAGAGGUAUCACUGACUGAAUACGACACUCCAUUUUAUACUUCGAGCCUCGGACCACAGUACGAAGCCAGCGCUAUUCAGAUAUCCCACAUGGAUGCCAGUAUCCCAAGAAAUACCACUGAAGACAUGUGGAUGGCAUAUCCCACAUCGCCAAGCUCAACAGCACCUAGUGAUGGUGAUCUCGGCGGUCUCCCUCACAGAGAUCAAUGGGGCUACAGCGUGACAGGCAUACCACUGCAAGACCAAAAUGCACUUGCGACAUACGCAUACAGCGGUUACCAUUGA